UGAUGAACGGAAAACAUCAAAGCUUGAUUUGCAAGUUGAAUCAACUAACUGUGGUCAACGGAAAACAUGGUGGAAAUGGCUGCAGAACGAUCGCACAAGAAAUAUGGCAAAGGAAAAAACAGCAACAUGAAAGUUGUUGUGCGCGUAAGGCCUCCGAACAACAUGGAACUCGCUAAGCAAUCUUCCACUUCUGUUCGUGUGAUGGAUGAACGUGUCCUAGUUUUCGAUCCAAAAGACGACUCUAUUGAUUAUUUACCAGGCGAUCGACUUAAAAAUCAUCGAAAGUUCUUGACACGUAGAGCAAGGGAUUUGAGAUUUAUGUUUGAUCGAGUGUUCGACAACAGCGCCAGCAAUCGCGAUGUCUUCGAACACACAACAAAAGCGAUCAUUGAUGGAGUACUCGAAGGAUACAACUGCUCUGUGUUUGCCUAUGGAGCGACGGGAGCCGGUAAAACAUUCACCAUGUUGGGAGAUUCUUCCAAUCCGGGGGUGAUGUUUCUUACCAUGAUGGAAUUAUACAGUAGAAUUAAUGCUUGUAAAGACGAGAAAAUCUCUGAUGUGGCUGUCUCCUAUCUCGAGGUAAGCGAUCAUUGUACAGGUAACAACGGUAACACAUAGAUAAGCUCACAUGGCGAAUUGUAGGCUUAAAACCGACAUAUGGUUUGAAAUUUUGACCUUUCAUGUAUGAUCGGGGCCUUUAUUACUAGAAAAGAAUACGACUCGACGACUGUGUUAUUACAGAGAACUGUCUGUGCUUCAUUUUUAAACACAGAGCAUCCACGAUCAGGUCUAUGGCUUUGCACCGAUUUCGCUACUUGUCCAAUUCGCUGCGAUGCGUUCGAGUCAAAGUCCAAAACUUGCACCUUCGGAAGGGGAAGUUAGAACGAGAGAUAUGUUAUUUUUUUGUGUGGUGGUAUUAAAGAAGUAUUUUUAAUGGUUAAGUAGGGAAACCGGUUGUUACCCUUACAUAUAGACCUUAAUUGGACGGGAUUGACCUGGGCAGGAAAAACAUAAGCUUGUGAAUUCUUAAGGUCAGUACACACUAGGCGACAAGUUGCAGCAACAUGUCGUGACAACACGUCGCAGCGACAAAUCGCUUCAUGUGUACUGGAGAAUUUUUGUGAAAAUCUUUGUCUCUGCAACAGAAUUUUGUCACAGCAACAUGUUGCAAAAAAUCAAAUCAGACAGAAUUUGUGCGACUUGUCGCGGUGACAAAAUUCUGUUGCAGGGACAAAGAUUUUUACAAAAUUUCUCCAGUACACACGAAGCGAUUUGUCACUGCGAUGUGUCACCAGAACAUACAUGUUGCUGCAACUAGUCGCUGGACCUGUACACAUGGAGUGAUCUGUCUCUGCGACUUGUUGCUGCAACUUGUCACCUAGUGUGUACCGACCUUUAUAUGAUGCAUUUAGUUCAUCACUUCAGCAUUAUGUAUGCGCUAGGGAUGAACGUCUAGUGCACUGAAUCAAAGAGUGAUACAGACACUAUAAGUUACAUGUAAAGUGUAUUGCAAAACAGAAACAUCCUUAUAGUGUCCAUUGGUUUCACCACAGUUAUUGACAAUGCAAAUAAUAACAAUAUCCCAUGUUUGCUGAAGCAGCAAAUCAACAAACCUGCAGUGUAGUAAAAAUCGCUGGUAAAGUUAAUGGUCAGUGGUAGUCUUUACACUAGAGCCUAAAUAAGCUAAGAAAUUUUUCCAGACAAGUAAAUUUUAAAUUCUUCAAGUAAAAGAAAGCUUCACACACAACCUAUCUUUUUUACUUUGGUUUACUUAAGCCUAUUUUCCCAUGCAACAUAAUUAAGAUUGUUUGACAUGCUUCGCCUUUCUAAAAGCUAAAGAAACUGCAAUAAGUUGGUUUUCAAGUCACUUGAAAGUUUCUUGAAUCGUUUCAACUUUCCGACUUGAAUGAGAUGCAAAGUAAUUAGUUACUUGAGACUUUACUUAGGCUUUCACAUGCAUUUUUGGUUAAGUAAAACUUAUCAGCUCUUAAGUCUUACUUAACAGCCUAGUGUAAAGACAACCAAUGUAUUUGCUGGGCUGAGUAAAAAGUGCAUUCGUCCUAAAAUCAUUAGCCUGUAGGAGCAGAUGCCAUUUUUUGCUUUUGUCAACGGGUGGAUCAGAAGCCAAAAAAGGUGUCUGCUUGCAUACUAGCUAUCAUAUCAUAGGUGGAUAAUAUUGCAAUUAUAAAUGAAUUCAAGGGCUCAUCGCUGGUUGGAUCACUUUCUGUAGUGAGUAAAACUAAUUAAAAUUUUCUCCAGGCAUAAAAAGUGGCCUAGAAAAGAAAAAUUAUUGGUGUUGUAUUUUUCAUUCUAAAAACACUGAACAGGUGAAUCAACACUGAAGCGAAAUGACUGCAAUUUCUGGUCACUUGCAGUCUCAUUACCCUCAAUCCCACUAGGUAUCCCAAUAAAGAUAAGAAUGAUUACUAAAUAGUUGGUGGAUGAUAAAAAAAAGAGAGAAAGGGUUGUUUUUUCCCCUCUUCCCAGCCUCCAUAUGACACAAAGAGGCCUUGGCGAAGGAAAAAGCUCAUUACUGAAAGUGGCAGACAGUGACACAUAUGUCUAGUAUGAAAAACAUCAGACAAAAUUGCUGUAAAACUCUAAACCAUGAAUACCAGAAUUAUUUCUGGAAUGUUAUUUUGUAGCACUUAAAAAGCCAAUCAGAUGUGAGAAAACUUAAGUGCUAGCCAAAAAGUGAUAAUUUUGAGAUCUUCUGGCGUGCUAAGAAAACAUCAAGUGUCCACACAUUUCUGAGUAUGACAGAAAAAGUCUGAACAACACUGUCAGAACAACAAAAUGAGCAGACACCAUACGGAGUCUCUGAUGCCAUGGGAUGCACUAAAUUAAAAGUUACUGUUAUCAGCCAGACAACAUCUUAUAUGCCCUCUAGUAUAAAUAUGGCCAGUGUCUGUUAUGAGCACUUUUACAAUGCUGCUUAUACUUAUUAUAUUUUUAUUUUAUACGUACAAGGUUUACAAUGAAACAAUCAGAGACCUGCUUAUGCCUGGUCAGCCUCUGGCUGUGCGGGAAGAUCCACAGCGAGGAGUGUGUGUCAGUGGUCUUACUCUUCACAAGGUACUGUUUAUUAGCAAUAAGCAUUGGAUCAUGUAUGAUAUAGAGGAUAUUUUUACAUGGCGGUGCGGAGAUACAAAAUUUCUCUUCGAGUGUUGGAAAAAUAUUUCACAAGUGAAGAGAAAUUUUGUAUCUCCAAGCAGCCAUAUAAUGUCCUAUUUAUUAUAUAAACAUAUAUAAAUGAACUACCAAAUAAACCAUUUCACUUUAAUAGUUUUUUGGUGUGAAAGGCGUGAUCUAUUAUGUCGCCAUAGCAAUGGUGAUAUUUUCACAUGUGAAGAUAACAUGUUAUUUUCACUCGUGAAGAUCAAGUUUCCGUGCGAAAGCUCACCUGUGUUUACAUGAUAAGACAGAUAUUAUUCAUCGUGGUAUGUGUAUGAUAGUCUCAUUUAUCAUUUGUCUCAAGAUAGUCACUUUGAUGAUGGAUUGUGAAGUUUCAAAUGCCUAGCAGGGGUUUCAAAAUGUUUUGAAGUAGAGGGUGGACUCUGGAAAAGUAGACAGCUGUGACAAUCAAGAUUGUUUGUCACGAGCUGAUUGUUAUGUCCAGAGUAGCCAGCAACAUACAGUACAGUCAAGUAGGCGGCAGAACUCCGGCAGUCGCGAGCUUGUUUUGUUUCUUUGUCAUGGCCUGGUUCCUCGAAAGGUGGUUAAGUUUAACCCAGGAUUAAGCCAAAUUUUAAGCAAGGUUUUCUUGUCCAGGGCCAUCAUUAAGAGCCAGAGGCCGGGGAUUUCACCGGGCUACUUAGAAUGUGGCCCCAGCUACUUUCACUGGAAAAAAGAAGAAAAAAUAAAACCAAAUGAAAUCUCUAGCUGUUUGAUUUCCCGCCUACUUGUUGUAGUUACUGGGCAACUUGAAAUCUUAUGACAACCCUGCUUGUCUAAGAACAUGCAACUCGAGCUCACAAAAUACUGUUCAGCCUUAUCUACACAAAAAUAAUAUAUAAAUUAAAAAUUGAAUUUUCAUGCACAUGACUGUUUUAACCUUUUGUAUGUGCAUUAUAUCAUUCAAGGUGUAUAAAUGGCAAUCUGACAAUUUUUUUAUACUUUCUCCUUUAAUUUUAAUUAAGCCCUCUUCUGCUGAAGAGCUUCUAGGAAUGCUUGAAUUUGGAAACAACAACCGAACUCAACACCCGACUGAUGCUAACGCACAGUCAUCAAGAUCCCAUGCUGUGUUUCAGGUAUAAAAAUGUUAAUAUUAAAAUUACUAAAAUCAAUGCCGUGAUUAAAUACUAAAUAAAUAAGAUAUUAAUUUGUUUAUACUACUACAUGAGAAAUUUCUGCAAUUUGGUUGGCUUAGAGCAAUGGUAUUUCAGCUUAAUUUGAAAUACCUACUUGUGAAAAUUACAAAACCUUUACUGGUAGUAGUAUAAACAAAUAAUGCCUGAUUUGUUCGUGAUAUUUGGCAUAAAUACCACUCGUGAUAUUUCAAAAUUCUCUCAAAUUUCACUCGCCUGUUGGCUUGUGAAAUUAUGUGCAACAAUUUUGAAAUAUCACUUGUGGUAUUUACGCCAAAUGUCACUACAAAUCAUGCUAUUACCUAUACUAAUACCAUAAACUACUGCUUAUAAGUCCUACAUGUAGGCUCAUACAACCUUUGUAAGGAGUUUUAGGAAGGCUUACAAAUAGGGAGGGGGGGACUUACAUUUAGAGUGGGGGGGCUUGUAACUGGACUGGAAAAAGCAUCAAAGCUACAUAGCAGCCUUUUUAAAUUUACUUGCUUUACUAAAUUCUGUUUUUUUGUGCACUAUAUGGGUUUGAAUGUUAUCUUGAUUUUUUCUUUGAUACCCGUUCAUUCUUUAUUUCCAUGUUUAUUUCUGUGAAUAUUGUAUAUGUUGUAGUUAAUUUUCUAUCUCAGGUAAUUUUUGUUUUUCUUUUUGGUUGGGUAUGGUAAUGUAUGCUAAUGAAGUUGAAACAAAAGGCAAAUAAAAAUUAACUAUAACAAUUGUAAGUGCAUUGAUUAAUGCUUUGCUUCACCACAUGUUAGGUGUUUGUUCGACAGAAAGAUCGAACUGCCGGAUUAAAAGCAAACUUCACAAUGGGGAAAAUGUCACUGACUGACUUAGCAGGAUCUGAGCGAGCCAUAGUAACAUCCAACAGAGGGGCACGAUUUAGGGAGGGUGCUAACAUUAACAAGUCCCUACUGGCUCUUGGAAACUGCAUCAAUGCAUUGGCAGACAAGGAGGUAAUUGACUGUCUAUAUUCAUGCCAUUUUAAAAAUGUAAGGGUGCUUCUGCAUCAACAAAAGAAUAAAACUAUAAAGUUCUAGUUGAGAGUCAUGUCUUUCUGUUUUUCUUUUUGCUUCUUCACAUACUAACUUACAUGUAAGGCUACCAGUAAUUUCUACAUGUACUCAUGGCCAGUACCUACAGAAGGGUUCCCAUUAUAAAAAGUUCUUGCCUAGUAGACUGACUAUCAACUUGAUUAAUGCAUAGUCAGAUACUGUAAUCACAUAGCUGAUACAAUAAAUUUAUAGGUUUCAUUAAUACUGUAGAAUUCCGAAAGUAACAGUUCCUCCCCAAAAUAACAGCAACCGAAGCGUGACAUUAACUUUUUACCUUCCUAUUGAAUCCUGAAAGUAGCGGCCCUUGGAAAUUACCACUCAACUACAAUAAAGUAUCAAAUGAAUCUAAUGUAAUGUUUUAAGCAGUAGUUGCGAUCUAUGUAACAAGUGAUUUUAAAGCGUGUUUAACAUUAAACAUAUGUCAUAACAGGAAUGAGAAAAAAAAUAGUUGUGAAUUCUUUUUGUUUUUAAAAUCAUUCUGAAAAAAAAAAAUUUAGUUUUAAGCUUAUUAGUGAACAAGUCAACUAAAUGAGGUAACAAAAGACUUAAGCUUAAUUUGCAUUUGUAAACAAAAAACUUUUUCACCGUUUCAUCGAUAAAUUCAAGUAAAAAAAAUGAAGCUUUAACUGAUAAAACUUCCAAACUGAACUUCAUCAUCUGCUACAUGUAUUUCAGGUACAGCUAGCUUGAUUAUUUGUGAAAUUUCUUUGUUACGGCAGCAAACCAGGGAGGCAUCUCGCUCGCAACUUACGCGAGUUUUGGUGUCUUUCGCUCCGUCGGAGGAAUUGGAGGUGAAUCAUUGAAUAGUGCAGGAUAUUCACGGAUUGAGUAGCCAAUCAGAGCAUGUGAAAAACACUAUCCACUGUUUCAGUAUAUACUAAAUAUGAUUAUUCAAAUUUUGUUUUCUUUUCUAGAACAAAUCAGGUCAUAUUCCCUACAGGGACAGCAAGCUGACAAGACUUUUGAAAGAUUCCUUGGGCGGAAACUGUAGGACAGUAAUGAUUGCCGCACUAAGGUAUUUAUACAGUGUAUAUCAUUGCAUUGGGUUGCAAUGAUAAUUAUUGAAAUCAGUAGGAUCUGGUAGUAAACAGCAAAAAGCAAUGACUGGCUGUGGUAAUGGUAUCUGUUAUCAGUGCAACAUUGUCCAUCAUCAGAUGUUGUAAGAGGCUAGUUGCAGUAAAGUCAGAUCUUGAGUUGUCCUUUUCCCCUCCCCCUUUACUCACAGUUUUGCUCCCCACCCGUGCUUCAAUGUCACAGGUGCCUUGAUGUCUUACAUAGACUAUGAGGGACAUGGCUGAGUCAUGGGGGGAGGUGGGAGAUGGGAGUGGUACUAAAUUUAGGAGAGGGUUGGCCUCCAGUAUCUCCCUUGUAUCCUCUAAGAUACAGGAAGAAGAGAGACCCUGGGGACAAUGUUGGCAGCACCCAACCUAGGCUUGAUAACCCCCCGCCCUUUUCUGUGUUUUUGUUAGUUCCUGACAGUGUGAAAAGACAGUUAGCAUCCAACAGUCCAGGGCUAGUAGAUUUAGAUCGGGCUAGUGAAUUCUCUUCAUAAACCCAAUGGACAAGUGACGUUUUUUGGGGAGUUCAAAUCACAAAAGAACUGUAAUGAACCCUGCUCAUCCAAAAACAUUUUCGGCUCGCACAUGCUAGCUACCACUUUGCCCGAAUUGCUAGCUCAUAACACUCAUUCUCUUAGGCACCCUGCCUGAGAGAGUGCAGGUUUAUUUUCCUGAACAGCAGCUGGUAAUUCAGCCUGCACCCAAGCUCCAUCAUAGUGAUGUUUAAACAUUUUUAAUCUUUUCUGUCUGUAUGAUCCACAUCUAUUACGUGCAUAUUACAAUAUUCAGCCCAUCAGGCCUGAGUUAUGAGGAUACCUACAAUACUUUGAAGUAUGCAGACCGUGCCAUGAAUAUCAAGUGCAAGGUGGUCAAAAAUGAACUAUCAGUUGACAUGCAUGUUAGCCGCUAUGCUAAGAUUGUGGAGGAACUCAGACUUGAGGUAAAGAAAGACAUAACCAGGGCUGUGCUCUAAUAGAGCCCAGUGGCCCCUGGCGCCUAACUUUUGCCCUCGGGCGACUAGCAAAUCGUAGUUUUUUUCAUACAAAUCAUAUGCUGGGCACCCUAGAUUUUACAAGUUCAGAGCACCGAGCUCCCUUCAAUUCUUCUUAGAGCACAGCCUUGAUAACAAAAAUUUUGUCUUUGGUUCAAUGUACCCCUUCCUCACUGCAGCAGGGCUUGGAAAACCCUUUGGGCAAGCAGCUCUCACAUUCUGCCUGCUCAUGGCCAUUGCUUGCUUGUCUCAUAGUUAAAUAAAUGAUUUAGUUAGAACAUGACUUGCAUGGACCCUAGACUGCCAGUAGUCUCUUAUUUUUCUUUGCAAAGUUACUUUGUGUGUAAACCGUGCAUGUGAGCCAUGAUAAACAACUAGGGUGUAAGCCAGAGAAGAAAAAAUAAGACCAAUCAGCUACUCCAUUUCUGGGCCAACAAAGGGUUUGUUUGCUAGAAAAGAGUGCUCUGAGUCUGUCUUUUCUCAUCGCAUCCUAAUUCCUUCACUUAUUGUAACGUCAUUGUUUACAAUCUUGCUGGCUGGGAAAAGAACUAGACAGAUUUUAAGAGAAAAGGUGGACUGCAAGCAGUCUACACAGACCCUUGCCUGCUGGGCAAGUGAGCGAGCUUUAAAAGUUAAAUAAUAUUAUUGCUAUAAGUUGCCCUGCAAGAAAAUCUACUGGUCUCAAUCUACUGGAAAGGCCUUUUUUGAAGCACUGCAUCCUCCUGUCAAAUCAACUUGAACCUCGACAAAAUAAUUAUGAUAUCACUGUACAAUCAACUAUCCAUAAUAAUGCAUUUCUUCAAACUUGGUUUGAGAGUAUAAUAUUUUACAUUUAUUUUUUUAUUAGUAGUAUUUUUAAAUGUACCCAGUGUUUUCAAGCCUGAACUUUUAUUUUUUCUUGAUGUUUACUUAUUAAGCUCAUUAAAAUAGUAAAACCUUUAUUUAAAUUGGUUUAUUUAUUUGUUUAAUAUUAAUCUUUACAACAUUAUUAAACCACAAAUAAUUGCUCAAGGUGCUUAAGAGCCAAAAGUGUUGGGAAGACUGCUACUUUUUACCUCUUUUUUUCCUUCCUCCCCCCGCCCCUGGCCCAAUAUUGAGCAAAACUUUAAUGUUUGUGUGCGUAAUUGUUCUCUUAUUUCCCAACUUUGAAUGGGGGAUGGGAGAUAUUUAGGAAAAGAGAAAACUCUCUUUUUGGAGUAUUAAAAUUGACUACUGGUAAGUUGUACAAUCUUCCCCACUACUUUUGUCUAGGAUUGUGGUUUACCAAUGAGAUGUUGUACUUUGUAGGAAAUGUCAUUGCCAUAAUUUCCUCCAAGCAAGAAAGCUGUAAUUCUUUUUUACAGAUUUCUGAGCUCAAAAAGAAGCUGUUUGGUUAUGAAACAGUACCACCUACACCAAAGAAGUCUGGUGACUCAAACACACAGUCACAAGAAGAGAUAAAUAGGUAUGAGUCAUUAACACUUCUACUUCUAAAACAACUAGGCCCAUAAGCUAACAAAAUUACAUUUUCACGGACAGGUAUUGAAAUAACAUGUUUCAAUGCUUUUGACAACUAACCCUUAGUAUACACUACAUAUACUGUAGACACUAUAACAAAGUACCAGAGUGAUGUCUUUAUCAACUGCAAGAGUGCUCAAUUGUUGAACUAGAGCACAAUACAAUUAGACUGAUGGAAGUGGAUUAAACCUUGAUCAUUUAUUGCUACUUCAGGGCUCAACAUUACGACCCGUGGGGUCGCCAAUGCGACCAGCUUUUACUCAGCGGCGACCAAAUUUUCAUGACUGGUCGCCAACCUGGCCCCCAAGAUAGGUGACUUUCUUCGUUGGGAAAACGUACACUAAUGAUAAUCCAUUAUCCCUCACAAAACUAAAUCCAUUAAUUCUUAAAUAUAAUUUUUCGCGACCAGAGAAUACUUGUUCUGGCAACAAAAAAAGAAAACUUGGGGGCCAGCUGGCCCCAAGAUUUUUUCUGAAAGUCAAGCACUGUUAUGUAGAUUUUCAUGCCUCUUAAUUGCAAAGCAAUCAUCAGGCAACUGCCCAAAGUAACGGUUAUAGACAGUAUGUAUACUAUAGCAUUGAGUGUUUUUAUCAUGUCAUAUUAAAGUAUGAUUAUUGGUAUGCUUCUUAAAUUUAGACUAAGUUCAAGCCUAAAAAGUAUAAUGAAAGAGAGGAUUGUGGUAAGAAGGAACAUAAUUGACAUUGAAGCAGCUGAGAGAGAUCUUCGAUUAAAACUUUACAGAAAGGCAAGUUUCAGAUAUUAAGAGUUUUUAUGGUGUAUGUCUCUACUACCUAUGAUAUAAAGUUUAUUCAUUGUAGGUCAGUGGUUGCAUGCUAGAAAAGAAAAUAGUAAUAAAUAUAUUAUAUACAGUUUUAAUUGCACUACUGUAAAAUGUCUCAGUGUUGAACCUUGAUGUUUCAUUGUAGGAGAGAACACUGAAAAGGAUACAGAUAGUGUGUGUUGACGGAGAAAGACUUGAUCAGGUAGGUAUACAUAUUGAUAUAAAUACUGUCUUUAUCAUUAUUUUAAGAAAUACAUGACUGAUUGUACUAUAAUUACCCUGUCACUAAAAUGUCAAGUUGCCAGGUAUUAUGUGAUUAGUAGGAGGGGAAUUGGGAUCAUUAUAUGUUUCUGGGAAACUGCCUACCUACCCCUCCCCUAACCCAACAUUUUGCCCUAAGUGCGAAGUAAGUGUUAAUGUUGGCUUAGGGGGGGGGGUAGGUGGGCAGUUUCCCAGAAACGUAUACUGAUCUGGGAAUUGUACAGCAAGGAAGUACCUUUGGUUUUGUUUUCCUUUUGUUUCCUAUAAGUCCUAUGGGCUCACACGCAUAGUAGCAAGGGAAAAUCCCAGGUCCCCGGCCCUUAGUGACAGCCCUGAUUACCUGAUUAUCCUUUAUAAAUAUUUGUGAAUAAGUUAAUGUAAUUUCCACUGGCUGAGGAAUGAAAUAAGUGGAAAAUGUUUUCUCACACACACCUCUGGGGAGCCUGGGCCCAAGGGGUUGUUUUGAGGCACGUGCUCGGUGUUGUUUGUCAGUUGCUUUUUUGUUCUCCGUCAUUGCGCGGUCAUGAUCAGCUUGACAAUGCCUCCCAGAGGUACGUGUAUGUGAGAAUAGUUAUUGACAAUAGGAGGAUACAGUCAAGUGCUAUAGAUCGAAUAGAACAUAGUGCGUUUGCACUGUCUAUCACCAUCAUAUUCAUUGUGAUCAUGCAAAACUGAACAUAGCUAGUGUCCUUCUCAGAACAGAGAUUGUUGAGGUAAUCCAGAGACAUGGGCCCCAACACUUAUGAACUUUUGGCCCUGGUUAUUCAAUUGCUGAAUAGAGUUAUCCUCCAGAUAAAUUGCUGUAUACUGGAUAAGUAUUAGGCAAACCAAUGGCAUUAUCCAUUGGAUAGUGAUUUGUCCAGUGGUUAGUGCUAUUCAUCUUUUAAACAACUGGGGUCUGCCCAUAAAAGAAAAGUUUUAAAUUUAAUUCAACCCUGAAAAUGACACGGUUUCUUUUUUCCAUUAAGUAUCAGGUAUCAACAUUAUUUUUAGGAUGAUAUAACAGGAAAAAAAUUUUAAUAUCCAAUCACCAGACACUUUCCAAGACAGAGUCUUACAUUUCUGCCACAAAAGUCAAACAGAAAUACAUUGCAUCAAAAAAGACAGAAUUUGAAGAACAGACAGCUAAGAAUGACCGUUGGUUGGAACGUAUUCAGUCUGAAAUUAAACUCGAGACUGACCCACAUGUAAUAAGCCAGUUAGAACAGUGUCAGUCCUCCAUGAGGUUACAGCUGGAAAACAUGGAACUGAAAAGAAAUUGUCAGCUUUACAAGAGGCAUGUCAACACACAAGAAAAAGAUAUGCAAAACACGGAAAGGUGAGGGUGUAAGCCUCAAUAGCUACAUGUAAAAUCUUUAAUGUUAUAUGCAAUCAUCUAUAAAUAAUAAAAUUUAUGAAAUGUUAAUAAAAAAGGAGAAAAAAGUAAGUAAUUAUUGAGAGGUCAAGUAAGCUAGCUGUUGUUACUCAGAUCAGAUUGGAAACUGGAAAAGUUGGUUUUUAAGAGAAGAUCAGGGGAUACAGGAGUACACUUGAGAAAAUUUUCAGAGCAAGGAUAAGAAUCAAGGAUACUCCCAUUUAACACUAAUUUAAUAAUCAUGAUAAACUAGAUUUAAAAUUUUCAACAACAGUCUAAAGGUUGUAUUUUGCUACUACUAUUAUUAGUAAGGUUGAGAAAUGCUAUCUUUUUUAUCAAUAUUGUGUUGCCAUCUUAUGUACUUUUCAGACUUGUAGUUAAAUUACUAAGCAUGGUGCAAAGACAGUACCUCCUCUUAAAAGGUGUCGGUCUUGCUACUGAUGAGUUAACAGAAGAAUACAAUAACGUAAUUGAAACAGUAGAAAAUGGAAGAGAAGUAAUGUGGGCAGAUCAGAGCCUAAAAGACAGUGAUGAUGGUGACAAGCAAUCAUUCAUAAUUAACUGUCAGUCCACAACUUUUGGUAAGUUAUGACAUGUCUGCAAUCAUUUAUUGUGGUUUAAAGUUGAGUGUGCACCAAUCCAAUCACAUUAAAUUAUCAUUUCAGACCAACUUACAAUCAAGUCAGUUCAAUUACAAUUUUUUAAAUGUACCUUAUAACAGUCCUAAGGACUUGACCUUGGUGAUACUCGGUGAUGAGAGUGGGAUUAUUAACCGAUAGAAUUAAUAACAAAUUGAGAAAAAGUAAUGUAAUUAGUGAGCAUGCACCUAUCCGUGAACCUGUCCCUUUAAUUCAUUGGCAAGAGUGCUCCACUGGUAUCGCAGCAGCCAGGGUUCAAAUCCCAGCAAGGGUAAAUUUUUUUCAGGCUUAUUCCUUUGGCAACUGCACAAGUUGCGUCUUUAAUGCGAUCAUUGUCUUUGUAUUUCUCAAUAUUUUUUUUUUGUUUAAACAACUGGUCUGAUUUGUUUUUUCUUCUUAAAGGAACAUCUCAGAUACGCACUCCCAUCAGAAAACGUCAAUUCAACACACCCAUGGCAAACACAGACAAAAGCACCCCUCAAAGAAGGAUCCCUUUUGAUCAAGAACCAAUGAAGACAUUUACACUAUCAGCAACAUCAAAAAUGCGUAAUCUCAAGUUAGCAACAGAUGAUUCAGACUUUGCCAGUACUCGGAUUUCUCUGACAAAAGAAUUUGAGGCAAUGUCUUCACCAGCGAAAUCAUCUCUUCCAGCUAGAGGACAAAACAUGGUGUCAGCAAAAGGUGAAGUGUCUGUUGUUCAAGCAAACAGUAGCUCUACAACACCGCUACGGAUUCCAUCAUCUUUUACUGCAGUGUCAGGGACUAACACCAGUACUAGUAAUUCUGUGUCAUCACUUGGAACAGUUCUUUGUCAAAACAGUUUGAAUAAGCCUCUAAGAUGUCCAACAAAACAAGGAACUCCUCAUCCUAAAAUUUGCUGGGGUGAAAAACAUGGCAAUGUCAGCCCUCAAUGUACUUCUACUGAACAGGCUCAAAACAUUAGUACUAUAUGUACACCCAUGAGGGACACUAACCAAUUCAACUUAUCAGGAAUACAGCCACUUAAGGAGACUCCAGCAGAAAAAAAUCAACGACUGUCAUCAGGAAAGGUACUAAUUAGCAUAGUUUAUUCUCUUAUUUUAUAAUAGAUGUUGCCUGACUACUAAAUUUGGCAGUCUUGAUAGAAUAAAAUAAUUUUAUUGGUGAAAAACAAUAGUUUAAUGCAUGUUGAAGUCAAUGGAUGACAGAGAGUCUACUCAAGAUGUCAAUGAUGUAAAUUGAACCACUUUGAAAUUACAGGUGCAUAGAAGGUGGACCAAACAGGUAAAAAAAAGGAUCACUCCAGGAAAAAAGGAAAUAAUAUCCUGAGUCUAAUUCAAUACAAAAAAACCUUAAGUUUGCAAAUGGAAAGAAAAACUUAAAAAUUUGUGUCUCUUCAUACAAACAUUCAGGAUCAGUUAAAGUCUUACUUAGACCGCAGUUUAAGAAAUCAUUGGACUUCCAGAUCUUCCUGAUAAGUUAUUUUAAGAAGAUAUAAGAAGAUAAAUGUUUCUAAUCUACCCUAUAAUUAUGCCUCCAUUAACCCCGUUCACAAUAAAUGGUUUUGAGAUAAAUGCAUUGGGAAACUGAAAUGGUUUACAGUGUGGUUUUGUUGAACACUAGCUAAUUAUUUUUCCCAAUUAAACUGCAAUGGUUUCUUUACAGAUAAGAGGACCUAUACUAAAUAACCCUCUGGCAACACCCCUCCGAGAACUGCCUGCCAACAGGUCAAAUGUUAUAAAAGAUAAGCUGCCUUCCAUACUGGAGCAACUGGGAAAUCCUUUUAGUAAGAGUAAGAAUAAAAUAUGACCAAUUUUCACUUUGUUUUGAAAUUACUAGCCUGCGUAGCAAGUGUUUCCGUUUAGUUUCGCAGCAAAAAAAAGCGAGGAACGGGAUUUUCGGUUUUGACCACGCGAGAAAUGAAAUAAGAACCAUUUUUCGCAUGGUCUUUGACUCUUGGUCCGCGUUCUUUACUCCUAAACCGCACAGAAAUGCAUCCUACGCAGGCUAUGAAAUUAUAAGCCUUAGCCUCAGAGCUUACCUGAGAAAACAGCCUAAAUUUCACAGCAACCUACAACUGGUUUCCCUGAGAAAUCAUGUCUGAGGUAUGACUGAUGACCUGUCACAACCCAGAUCUGGGCAGUGCCUCUGACUGGUUGAAGCAAAUUUCUCUUGUGGCAUGACCAUUGACAAUCACUACACAGAUCUGGGUAGUGGAACAUCAUCAGGAUGGAAUGUCUUCCAGGGUUUGCACAGUUUUGUUUUUGGUUUUUGAUGCUUUUUGGUUCUCCAAGACAGAAUAUGAAUCAUAGCUCAGAGAAUUUAAAGGUUAUUUUCACAAAGUGCUCAAUGUUUUAUGCAAUAAUUAACUAUCACUUUAAGACAAGUGAACUGAAAAAUGUAGAGAAGUUGGUGAAGCAAACAGUUCAAGCGUUAAAACCUUAUUAGAAUAGACUGGGAAUGUGCAUUUUUGUACAGUCUGUGAAAAUAUAUUCCUAGUAGGUGGUCCUUGAAAAGUCCUUGAAAAAUGGUUGCAAUUUUUUGUAUGAACCCUGUCUGCACUCAUAGGCAUUCCUCUGAGGUCCUUUUGUGGGGAAGCCAGCAGUGUAGUCGUUUUCUCAGGCUACAUCAGGACUUAUGGAAAAUAAUGAUUUCAUUAAUAGUACAUGCAUAUGACUGGUACACAAAUGUAAUUGUUAUAUAGCUGGAAACUUUUCCAACAACGUGCCCUCUCAUUGGUUACUUUUAGGUCACAUCACAUCUAACAAUGAAACUGCUUUCCGCCAAAAUCUCUGAGCAGGCAAAAUUACAAAAAAGAAACAUUGUAAAAUCUAUGACUUCGGAGAGUAAGAGUGCACUGUUACCCGCAAAUGUUGAUUGAUGACCAUUUUUACAACGAGGUUUAAUGAAUUUCCAGCUUCAAAAUUUGCUUUAACUGUUUCCCUCUGGACCAGUCAUUAAUUGUUGGGUGCUCGUUUAGUUUUUCAGUACUUGGUUAGCUGCUAAUCCUGGGAACUAUCAGGGCUGUCACCAGACUAUGUCCCUAUUGUGCAAAAAUAACUGUUUUGAAAUUCAGAAGUUGUAGUUUACUGUAUGUAGGGUGCAAAAGUUUAAAACAUCUCUUUACUGUACCUUGCAGAGAAAUCAACUAGUGAAAGAAGAAGUACAGACAUGAUGCCAAAGAGGUGAGUUCUUUAUCUGUCUUGAUUAUGCAUAGCUUGUCACAGGCCCUUGAUCAGUGAGUUGGUAUAAGUGGAAAGAAAAUGUGAGUGCUCGUUAAAAAGAGAGGAACCUUUAAUCUCUUUUUCUAUCCUAUUAGAGUGCACAAUGCCACAAAAGAAAACAUGCACAAGCCAAAGCAACCUUCAAGAUGUAACAGUGUUGUAGAGCUUGACAAACUGCAGUCAAAGAAAGUUAAGAAACACAUGAAUGGACUAAGAAGAGCAAUGAGUAGCACAAGUAUCGGAACAAGCAGAAACUUUGCACCACGAUCAUCGUAA